AUUACAUGAACAUUGACUUCUUCACCAUUGUUUAAAAAUUUGGAGUCGCAAGUAUACCAACAAUGGCCAAGAGUCGAACGAAGAAGCGCACCCAUGUGGGCGCCAAUAACCCUAAGCAUAAAGCCCCUCUGGUAGGCCGCUCGGCUAUUCAAGAUCCCAAGAGCAUGGUUAUUCGAAUCGGCGCCGGCGAGGUUGGAUCUAGCAUUAGUCAAUUGGCAAAGGAUGUUCGUCAAGUCAUGGAACCUGGUACCGCUAGCCGUCUAAAAGAGCGCCGCGCAAACCGUCUGAGGGACUAUGUUACUAUGACCGGUACUCUCGGAGUCACUCAUCUCCUUCUAUUCUCGCGAUCCGAAUCUGGCAAUACCAAUUUGCGCAUAGCUACGACUCCACGCGGCCCUACACUACACUUUCGUGUUGAGAAAUACUCGCUUUGCAAAGAUGUGCGCAAAGCUCAGAGACAUCCCAAAGGUGGAGGGAAAGAAUAUAUCACACCACCUCUUUUGAUCAUGAACAAUAUCUCUACACCAGGAGCGGAUGCAGAUUCUAAAGUUCCGAAGCACCUUGAAUCUCUCACCACCACUGUAUUCCAAUCUCUUUUCCCACGCAUCAACCCUCAAACUACACCGUUAAAAUCGAUACGCAGAGUUCUCCUCUUGAAUAGGGAACCUGCUAAAGACAAAGACGAUGGAUCGUUCGUACUUAACUUUAGACACUACGCUAUUUCUACGAAGCCUGCCGGUGUUUCCAAGCCGCUUCGCAGACUAGAUGCUGCGGAGAAGCUUUUUAGCGCUAAGAACCGAAAAGGCGGCGUUCCAAAUCUGGGAAAACUGGAGGACAUCUCCGAAUACAUGAUAGGCGGCGAAAAUGGAGAGGGUUAUGUGACAGAUGGUACUAGCGGAAGCGAAAUGGACACGGAUGCCGAGGUAGAGGUAUUAGAGGAUGCGCCGCGUAGAGUGCUCUCGGCCAAGGCCCGUGCGGCCAAGAUGGAGAACGGAGAUCAAGGUGCGGAUAACGACGAAAGAGUAGAGCGGCGACGUGUCACCCUCGUCGAGCUCGGUCCUCGCAUGAAAUUGCGCAUGACCAAGGUCGAAGAAGGAUUAUGUUCCGGCAAGACGAUGUGGCAUGAGCACAUACAUAAAUCGCGACAAGAGAUACAGGAGCUCGAAAAGCGAUGGGAGCAGCGCAAACAAGAAAAGGAGGCUAGGAGAAAGGAACAGAAGGCCAACGUUGAGAAGAAGCAAAAGGAAAAGGCUGCGAAUAAAGCUAAGAACGGCAAAGGCGGUGAAAAUGCCGAGGAGGACGACGACGAUGGCGACGAUUAUGACAUGGAUGGUAAUAACAGUGAUCUGUUUGAUGAGAUGAUGGAAGAGGAUGAGUUGGAUAGCGAGGGAUUAGCAGGUGAUGCAGAAGAAGCAAUCGGCGAGCAAAUGGAUGAGGAUGAAUGGGAAGACGAAAGGGAAGAAAUCGCAGACGAACACUAAACUUUCCUAUAUCUUCAACGGGAUCUAAAUACCCCACAUAGGUAUGGAGUUCGGCGCAUUGCAUUGAUGCUGUGUAAUAUCACGCCUUCUGCCGGAUACUCAACGGACUUUUACUCGGUGAAUGAAAAUACCACGAGGUACUGAUACGCUUCAAAUCGUGCGAAAGUCAGGGAUCUUGGGAUACUUCUGCUCUCACUCCCAUAUCUAGACCGGAAAGGCCAUUAGGUAGAGUGAGCUAAUCUUACAGGCUCAGGUGUUGACAGAAGCAAUUCGGUUCCCACGACGUUGUUCAUUUGAUCUAGGACGGUGGGUUAAGUAGAAAGGGGCCGUGGCGCACGCAUACGGCUUUGUUCCAGGGGUAACUUUUAUAUCUGACCUACCUAGUUGAAGAUGGAAAAAUGUAAAACCUGUCUCAUUCCUGGGCUUCC